AUGUAUCCUCUGGAUAUCGGCCACUCCAUGCGUCUGUGGUCAGUUUCUCGGGAUACUCUCUACGAUAUGGCAGAUUAUCUUGUCUCUGCCGAUUGUUGGCAAUUGAGAUCCGGUGACGAUGCUGAUGUUGAUCACCUUGUCCCUUUGUCUCACUACCUAUCGUUUGCUUUCACCCGUUUCCAACUCCACUUUAACCGUGUGUCCGUGCAACUAGCCCUCUUGCGGGACAAAUAUACUUCCAGUAAUCGAACGAGUCGAUCGCUUCAUUAUUCUCCUCUAGCUGUACUCUCCAACGCCUAUGGUUUUUCUUGGACACUUCACUAUCCCGAACUAUGGUCCUCGCAUCCGGAAUACGCAAUUUUGUCCUCGUCUGAGCUGCGCCUAAAGACGGAGCAUCCUGCCCAGUUUUCUGUCAAUCCCGAAAGCUUUGCACAUCUGUGGUGCCUGCUCGCGUCAAUCGUGCAUCACACGACCAGGCUCCAUUCGGCAUUGAAAUCUACCGGGCGGGGGUAUCGUUCACCGGGGAAAAUGUUUUGGAGUGAUGAUCUCUAUCGCGAAAAAUACUGCUCUAUUCGUUUUGACCAAACAGCGGAUCCGGAUUCUCGUUUUAUCCGGGCAGAGUUUUCCGGGCCGAUACAGUGCCGUGUCCUCGCCGGACACUCCACUCGCAUUUUUCAGUUGGCCAUUGAACGCGAUUUGCACGUCUACCUCUUCCACUCGCACAACCAUACGGCUGUCCCAAUAAUCGAACGUCUAUCUGCAAGCAGUGCAACGAAGCCGGUGUUUGUGUUGGAUGAUGAUAGUACUGGACCGAAACCAAGCCGUGGGAAUCAACCGAUUCUCAGUGUUUCUUGUCAGCUCCCCGGGGAUAGUUCCUCAGCAUGUGUGUCGACGCUGUUGAGCGCCAAUAUUGGUGAUCUGCAUCUGGUCGCUACUCCCGAACUGGUGAGCUGGUUUAAUUGGGUCAUUGCUACUCCAACGAACGCAAUGACUGAAGCGGUGCCCGACGCGACUUUCAUACCCGUACGUCUGAAGCGAAUGACCGAUAAUGAUUUGUUUCGUAAUGUUACUGGUAACACACCAAUCCAACCCCGGGCGCUACAACCGUCUCUAGUGAAUCAUCCGGGUCCUCCUGGGCACGCAGUUCGUACUGAGUCUCUCGAAUCCGGAUCUCAUCGAAUCAUCUUCGAACCCAAACCAGAUUCUCAAUCAAUUCCCAAUGUGGGCACUUCAACCUCAUCAUCUGUGUGGAACAUUCUGGAACGUUUUUUCUCCGGCAAACACCGCAUUUUUGAACAGACAGAUGUGCAGCUUUCUUUGUUGCCGUGGACGUUCACUGUUUUCACCGAGUCGCUUCCACCGGUUCGCCUGGGUGAUCAUAGUUGGACCUCAUCCGACCCGUGUAUUAACGCGGUUUCUCUGUGUAGCUCGUAUCGCCUUUCAGAUGGUUCUCAUUCGCCGGUGCAAUUACGUCUCCCAAGACUGACAUUGGACAAUACGUCAACUGUCGGUUUUCUCGGUACACAUUUUAUACCGGAGCUGGGAGCAGCUCGUCAGUCUUACUUAAAGUGCUGUUCGCUUUGGACUCUCGGAAAACCACCGGAGGUUGGGGUCCCGGUCGUCACAAAUGAUGCGCAAAAAAAUUCGGCUCUAACCACAAAUAUCGUCCCGGUCGACUCCGGAUGCUUUCCGCCUUCUUUUCGACCUCAACCCAUUGGUGCUGGACCGUCUUCGUCUACACUGUCACACUCGAGACCGCCUGGUUCUGUUCAGUCUAGCGGAUCAGCCAGUUUGUUUUUGUUGCCUCACCAUCUGGAUCGGAAACGCAUUUUCCUCUCACCCCAGCCGGUUGUGAUGUCGUCAUCCUCAACGGUAUCUCUUUGGUUCCAAUGCCAUUUACCUUCUCUACUGGGUCAACUUUUGAUUGAUGCACGCAAUCAAACCCAGCUCGCUUGGUGUAUGCGUGAUUUUCUGUUCACCGUCGAUAUUCGGCCGAGCCAGAUUAAAUGUGACUUGUCUGUGGGCAUGAUUGCUGCUGAUGUUCGCCAGUUGGGCAAGUAA